UCGUACCAACCACCGUUGGCGCGCUCUCUGGGUGUGAGCUUCCCCAAUUUCAUCAAUGGAUGAAGUAUAGAGAUCCAAACAAAUGAAAUCAACUUCACUUUCCCCUCUUCAUUUCAACUCUCACAAAUCCUUCCCUUCCGACAAUCCCUUCAAUCCAUCAUCUUCAUCAUCUUCAAUCUCUUCUUCCACUUCAAUUCCUACAAUGUCCAUUAAUUUACGCUCUCAUGCCUUCGCCGGUAACCCCAUCAAGUUGAAAACCCCUAAACCCGAAAACCCAUUUUCCGCUUCUUCAGCUCUCGAAUCUCUCAAUUCCCAACUUUUAAACAACACCCACUUCUCUUCUUCCAUCAAUUUCAAGGUUUUGCCCUUCAAAAAGGGCAGGCCUUUAGCCACUUUCAGUGCUCGACCUAAUGAUUCCUCCUCUACCUGGCAUCUGGGUUGGAUUGAUUUGACUGAUUUCAAGGCUCUGUUUGCUAAUUCGACGCUUGAAUUGACUGGGGAUUUAUUUGUCUAUUUGGGUUCUUUGGAUGAAGAGAAUUCCGUUUAUUGGGGUAUUGAUGUUUCGAGUGAGGAGGGUUUGGUUUCUGAAUUUGCGAGUAAGUUACUCUGUUUUGUGGAGGUUAGAACUCUUAUGGUGGCUUCUGAUUGGGCGGAUGCUCGAGCUAUGGGAGAAUUGGCUAUUGCUGGUCAUGCUAGGGCGUUGCUGGAAUGGCACCACGUAUCCAAAUUUUGUGGACACUGUGGAGGAAAAACAGUACCCGUGGAAGCAGGAAAACGGAAGCAAUGUUCUAAUCCCUUGUGCAAGAAGAAGGUUUAUCCUCGUGUUGAUCCGGUAGUCAUUAUGCUAGUCAUUGAUAGAGAAAAUGAUCGUGCACUCUUGAGUAAGCAAUCAAGAUUUGUUCCACGAAUGUGGAGCUGCCUAGCUGGUUUUAUAGAGCCUGGAGAAAGCUUAGAAGAAGCAGUAAAAAGAGAAACAUGGGAGGAGACAGGCAUUGAAGUAGGGGAAGUUGUCUACCAUAGUUCUCAGCCUUGGCCUGUUGGUCCAAGUAAUAUGCCAUGUCAGUUGAUGGUUGGUUUCUUUGCAUAUGCAAAAUCAUUUGAUAUAAAUGUGGACAAGGGAGAGUUAGAAGAUGCUCAAUGGCACAGCAGAGAGGAUGUAAGGAACGCUUUGACGUUUGCAGAAUACGAGAAGGCUCAAAGAACUGCAGCAGCAAAGGUCGAGCAAAUGUGUAAAGGAGUCGAGCGACAACAAAGCUUAUCUUCGGAUUUCAAUGUCGAAAGUGGUGAACUCGCCCCAAUGUUUGUUCCCGGGCCAUUCGCAAUUGCUCAUCAUCUCAUCUCGUCAUGGGUCUAUAAUGAAGGAUCAGGAUUGAACAAAGGUAGAAGUUCUUUUUCCAACUUGUAGUUUCAAGGUUAUAAUUGUUCUUUCAAUUAUUUUGCUUACUAAAGUCAUUCAAUGUUGAAAGCUUCUGUUGUAAGUAAAUUUUAGCAAACUUUAGUUUCUGAAUGUGGAGAUGAGAAAGAUAGAGAUGAAGAGUGAGAGAAUCAAGGAGUUUGAAAUUUUAGCUUUUAUAUUAUAUUUGUUAGCAUUUGGUUCAAGAAACUCUUGUCCUUUUGAACUUUCCAGUGUUUUAAUGAAGGAGUUAUAUUCGGUACCA